AUGGCGACUAAGAAGCCUAAUAUUUUGUACAUCAUGGCUGACCAGAUGGCAGCUCCAUUGCUGUCUCUGCAUGAUAAGACCUCUCCUAUUAAGACGCCUAACUUGGACCGUCUUGCUGAGGGUGGUGUCGUCUUUGACUCGGCUUAUUGUAACUCGCCUCUGUGUGCUCCUUCGCGUUUUGUGAUGGUUAGCGGACAGUUACCCUCGAAGAUUGGUGCUUAUGAUAAUGCUGCGGAUUUACCUGCCGAUACGCCUACUUAUGCGCAUUAUUUGCGCCGGGAGGGCUAUCAUACCGCUUUGGCGGGGAAGAUGCAUUUCUGUGGUCCUGACCAGCUUCAUGGUUACGAGCAGCGUUUGACAAGUGAUAUUUACCCUGGUGACUACGGCUGGUCCGUUAACUGGGAUGAGCCGGAUAUUCGUCUGGAUUAUUACCAUAAUAUGUCCUCGGUUAUGGAGGCCGGUCCCGUGGUCCGAACAAACCAGUUAGAUUUCGACGAGGAGGUUAUCUACAAGUCUCAGCAAUACUUGUACGACCAUGUGCGUCAACGCACUGACCAACCUUUCUGUCUGACAGUCUCCAUGACACACCCCCACGAUCCGUAUGCCAUGACAAGAGAAUUCUGGGACAUGUACGAGGACGUCGACAUCCCUCUUCCUAAGAAUGGACCCAUUCCCCAUGAAGAGCAGGACCCCCAUUCCCAACGUCUACUCAAAUGUAUCGAUCUCUGGGGCAAAGAGAUGCCUGAGGAUCGUAUCCGUGCUGCCCGCCGUGCAUACUAUGCCGCUUGUACUUAUGUCGAUACAAACAUUGGCAAGCUCCUGAAGGUGCUACAGAAUACUGGCCUGGAUGAGAAUACUAUUAUCUGUUUCACCGGUGAUCAUGGUGACAUGCUUGGCGAGCGUGGGCUAUGGUACAAGAUGAAUUGGUUUGAGAACUCUGCUCGUGUGCCUAUGCUUUUCUAUGCUCCCAAGCAAUUCGGAGCGAAGCGUGUGUCUGAGAAUGUUUCAACUAUGGAUCUUCUUCCUACGUUUGCGGAUUUGGCGGGUGCGCCGCUUGUUAAGGAGUUACCGCUUGAUGGUGUUUCGCUUGCGCCGUAUAUAACUGGUGCGAAGGGUCCGAAGACAGAUACCGUUUAUGGUGAAUAUAUGGGUGAAGGUACACAGGCUCCGCUUAUUAUGAUUCGGAGGGGAAGAUAUAAGUUUAUUUAUUCUACUAUCGAUCCCCCGAUGCUGUUUGAUGUUGCUGCAGACCCUUAUGAGAAAAAUAACCUCGUGGCUGGUCUUCCUAUCCCAUCUAUCGGCCAGAACCGUGCUCCUGUGUCUCAACUGAAGCCACUUAACCCUGUCGCUGUCCCAGCUACACUCCCCACACCAAGCGAUACUCCACACGCCUCUCCAAUCCCUCAACGCGCAGUGGAUGGCUCCGCAUCUUUCCCUUUUCCAACACCUACCCCGCCUCGGACUCCUAGCCCGGCGAAAUUCCCCGCCCUCCCUGAGACCGGAGACCCAGUUAAGCUCCUCGCUUAUUUCUAUGAGGAGGUGACUACGCGUUGGGAUUUGGAGAAGGUUCGUCAGGAUGUCUUGACUUCUCAGCGCCGCAGGAGACUUGUCUACUCUGCCCUUAUUCAGGGCACUCCACAGGUUUGGGAUUGGGAACCUCGCGUCGAUCCUAGCACGCAGUAUGUUCGUAACCAGGGCAAGGGCGUGCUUGAUGAUGUUGAGCUUAUCUCGCGCUGGCCUCGUGUGUUGCAGCAAGCCGCUAAUGAGAGCGGCAUUAAGGUUUAA